CAAUACAAACCUUGGCUCGACGUCAGAGCCUGUGCAGCAGUGCAGUAUAAUGGGAGUGCAAGCAAACCAGAGAGCCUCAUAGCGGGCUGCUGUGUCGCUGCUGUAUCAUCUGCUCCCCACUUCCUCUCCCGCUGCUCGAGCUCGGGUCCCCCCAUCUCCGCUGGAUCCAUACCUCUCGACAUGGAUGUCCCACAGUCUCUCGAGCCCGAGGAUUGCUGUUUGUUGGCGCAGUGAGCAGGAAGAAGGAGCCGGGAAAGCAUCAUGCUGGGACUGCUAAUGGAUUUAAGGAAAGCGCAAGUGACCAUGCCGUGAUCUUGCGCAUCCAGGGCCGCCGUCACCCUGCCUUGCCCAACAGCAGUAGAAGAAUUAUUGGGGGAUUGACCCCGCGCACCGGGGGGAUUAGCCACUGAGCUUUUGUUCUAAAAAACAACAUGAAGAUUACCUCCCAUCAUCUGACGAUAACCAGUCUCGUUCUCAACCUCAGGCUGCUCCCGCUUCUGCUGCUUUUUCUUGGUUACACUCACGGGAUGCCACACGUUUUGAGAUUCGGGGGAAUCUUUGAAUCGAUCGAGAGCGGCCCCUCUGGAGCGGAGGAACUAGCCUUCAAAUUUGCCUUGAACACAAUCAACAGAAACCGCACAUUGCUCCCCAACACCACACUGACCUAUGACAUCCAGAGAAUAAACAUCUUUGACAGCUUCGAGGCCUCCCGGAAAGCAUGUGACCAGCUUUCCCUCGGAGUGGCGGCCAUCUUUGGCCCCUCGCACAGCUCGUCGGCCAACGCGGUCCAGUCCAUCUGCAACGCUUUAGGAGUGCCCCACAUCCAGACCAAGUGGAAGCAUCAAGUGUCAGACAACAGGGACUCGUACUAUGUCAGCUUGUUCCCCGACUUCUCCUCUCUCAGUAGAGCCAUCCUGGACCUGGUGCAUUUCUUCAAGUGGAGAACCGUCACCGUGGUCUAUGACGACAGCACAGGUACAGGUCUCAUUCGACUGCAGGAGCUGAUCAAGGCACCGUCACGAUACAACAUUCGUUUGAAGAUCCGACAGCUGCCCACAGAGACCAAGGACGCCAAGCCACUUCUGAAGGAGAUGAAGAAGGCAAAGGAGUUCCACGUCAUCUUUGAUUGUGGACAUGAGAUGGCUGCCUGGAUCUUGAAACAGGCUCUCGCCAUGGGAAUGAUGACUGAAUACUACCAUUAUAUUUUUACCACUCUGGACCUGUUCGCUCUCGACAUGGAACCGUAUCGCUUUAGUGGCGUCAACAUGACGGGUUUCCGCAUCCUCAACACAGAAAACUCUCAGGUGUCGUCCAUCAUCGAGAAGUGGUCGAUGGAGCGGCUCCAAGCCCCGCCCAAGCCGGACUCGGGCCUGCUGGAUGGAUUCAUGACGACGGAUGCGGCGCUGAUGUACGACGCCGUGCACGUGGUGGCGGUGGCGGUGCAGCAGUCUCAGCAGAUCACCGUCAGCUCGCUGCAGUGCAACCGUCACAAACCGUGGCGCUUCGGAGGCCGCUUCAUCAACCUCAUCAAGGAGGCGCACUGGGACGGCUUGACAGGACGCGUUCUGUUCAACAAGAGCAAUGGACUGAGAACAGAUUUCGACCUGGAUGUCAUUAGUCUGAAGGAAGAAGGGCUGGAAAAGAUUGGAACGUGGGAUCCUCCCAGCGGGCUGAAUAUGACAGAGAGUCACAAAAGCAAGACAUCGAACAUCACCGACUCUCUGGCUAACAAAUCCCUGCGUGUAUCCACCAUACUGGAGGAGCCAUAUGUGAUGUUUAAGAAAUCUGACAAGCCUCUGUAUGGAAACGACCGAUUCGAGGGUUACUGCAUCGACCUGCUGAGGGAACUCUCCGGCAUCCUGGGCUUCCGCUAUGAGGUGCGGCUGGUGGAGGAUGGGAAGUAUGGAGCGCUGGAUGAGAACACAGGCCAGUGGAACGGCAUGGUGCGGGAGCUAAUGGACCAUAAAGCCGACCUUGCAGUUGCUCCUCUGGCCAUCACCUACGUCAGGGAGAAGGUCAUCGACUUCUCGAAGCCCUUCAUGACUCUGGGGAUAAGUAUCCUGUACCGCAAGCCCAACGGCACCAACCCGGGAGUCUUCUCCUUCCUCAACCCCCUCUCACCCGAUAUCUGGAUGUAUAUUCUGCUGGCUUGCUUGGGUGUCAGUUGUGUGCUGUUUGUCAUAGCCAGGUUUAGCCCGUACGAGUGGUACAACCCCCAUCCAUGCAACCCAGACUCGGAUGUAGUGGAAAACAAUUUUACGCUGCUCAAUAGUUUCUGGUUUGGAGUUGGGGCUCUCAUGCAGCAAGGCUCGGAGCUCAUGCCCAAGGCCCUGUCGACGCGAAUAGUGGGAGGCAUCUGGUGGUUCUUCACCCUCAUCAUCAUUUCCUCAUAUACAGCUAACUUGGCUGCCUUCCUCACUGUGGAGAGGAUGGAGUCACCGAUAGACUCCGCCGACGACCUGGCCAAACAAACUAAAAUCCCGUACGGGGUGGUGGAAGACGGCGCCACGAUGACAUUUUUCAAGAAAACAAAAAUCUCCACCUAUGACAAGAUGUGGGAGUUUAUGAACAGCAGGAGGCAGUCUGUGAUGGUGAAGAAUGUGGAGGAGGGCAUCCAACGUGUCCUGACCUCCGACUAUGCUUUUCUCAUGGAGUCCACCACCAUUGAGUUUGUCACGCAGCGCAACUGCAACCUCACACAGAUCGGAGGCCUCAUCGACUCCAGAGCCUAUGGAGUGGGAACACCUAUGGGCUCUCCGUACAGAGACAAGAUCACAAUAGCAAUUCUGCAGCUGCAAGAGGAAGGGAAGCUGCACAUGAUGAAGGAGAAGUGGUGGAGAGGCAACGGCUGUCCCGAGGAGGAAAGCAAAGAGGCCAGCGCUCUGGGAGUGCAGAACAUCGGGGGCAUUUUCAUCGUGCUCGCCGCCGGACUGGUGCUCUCGGUCUUUGUUGCCGUCGGCGAGGUUCUGUACAAGUCCAAGCAGAACGCCCAACUGGAAAAGCGAUCGUUCUGUAGCGCCAUGAUGGACGAGCUGCGUGUAUCUCUAAAGUGCCAACGACGUCUCAAGCAGAAGCCCCAGCCGCCUGUCAUCGUCAAAACAGAGGAGGUCAUUAACAUGCACACGUUCAACGACAGAAGACUCCCGGGAAAGGAAACCAUGGCAUGAACGCUUACCGUCCCCUGAGCAAAUCCCCCACAUCCCUCGGUGAAAGCCAUGAAGGGGAGACGAGGGGAGUUAAUGCUGACUUUAACGACAGGCACAAGUUAGCAGUAACAACGGGACUCCUUUAGAACCCACAAGUUUAAGUAGACAGAUGUUUCCUGUGGAAAUAAAAAUAACGGAGCAGGGUCACCCCACUGUGACACUUGGAAAGGGAAA